AUGCAAGCAAGACGACAAUUAAUAGCUUCGGCCCAGCGAGUAGCUGGCGCCACAGCACGAUCUUCACGACCGGCUCUGCGACUGGCUGCAACCCAAUCUGCUCGCGCAACGCCGCUCAAAAUACUCCCAACGAUUGCAACACGAUGCUAUGCAAACGGACGGCCGCAUCCUCCUGGGGGAACUCAUCGCAUGAAUAUGGGCGGCGAAGAGGAAAAGCCAGCCUUAGAACAGUUUGGAGUCGACCUCACAGCUCGAGCAAGAGACGGCAAACUUGAUCCGGUCAUUGGACGAGAUGCGGAAAUUCAGCGAACGAUUCAAAUUCUUUCUCGACGAACAAAGAACAAUCCCGUCUUGAUUGGAAAUGCUGGUACGGGCAAGACUGCGAUUCUCGAAGGUCUCGCACUUCGGAUCAUUCGGGGUGACGUACCAGAAAGUAUAAAGAACAAGCGGGUCAUUAGCUUGGACCUGGGCUCUCUGAUAGCUGGUGCCAAGUUCAGAGGCGACUUUGAAGAGCGAUUGAAGAAGGUGCUUGACGAAGUGCAAAAGGCAGAGGGACAGGUCAUUCUUUUCAUUGAUGAGCUGCAUAUCUUGCUUGGACUUGGCAAGGCUGAAGGCUCCAUUGAUGCAUCCAAUUUGUUGAAGCCGGCGUUGGCUCGCGGUGAACUACAAUGCUGCGGCGCCACAACACUCAAUGAGUAUCGACAAAUUGAAAAGGACGUAGCCUUGGCACGACGGUUUCAACCUAUCAUUGUCAGCGAACCUUCGGUCGAGGAUACAAUUAGUAUUCUUCGCGGCAUCAAGGAUAAAUAUGAAGUACAUCACGGUGUUCGCAUCACCGACGGAGCACUGGUUGCUGCUGCAACGCUGUCCAAUCGAUAUGUCACGGAUCGUUUCUUACCAGACAAGGCAAUUGACCUGAUGGACGAAGCUGCCAGCCAUCUGAAACUGCAGCAUGAAUCAAAGCCCGAAGACAUCAUGCGUCUCGACCACAAGAUCAUGACUAUCCAAAUUGAAUUAGAAAGCCUACGCAAAGAAAAGGACGUCGCGAGCCAAGAGCGCCGGGAGAAGCUUGAAAAGGAUCUAAAAGGCUACCAAGACGAAAUAUCCCAACUCAACACCCGUUGGGAAAAGGAGCGCAGCGAGAUCGAAUCAGUCAAAAAAGUCCAAGAGGAUCUUGAAAAGGCUAGAUUUGACCUCGAGCAAGCACAAAGAGAGGGAAAUUUCGCUCGCGCCUCCGAACUCCGCUUCGGCGUUAUUCCAAAUCUCGAACAGAAGCUGCCCUCAGACGAGGAGAGCCAACAACAACAGUCCGAAGACGCACUGAUUCACGACUCCGUCACGUCCGACGACAUCGCCAACGUCGUCUCGCGCAUCACAGGUAUUCCCGUCUCAAAGCUCACCUCCGGCCACAUCGAGAAGCUAGUCCACAUGGAAGACACGCUCAGCGAAGCAGUCAAGGGACAAGACGACGCCAUCAAGGCCGUCUCCGAUGCCGUUCGCCUGCAACGCGCCGGUCUCAGCGGCGAGAACAAACCACUCGCAUCCUUCUUCUUCCUCGGCCCCACGGGUGUCGGCAAGACAGAACUGUGCAAGAAGCUCGCCGGCUUCCUGUUCUCCACAGAAUCAGCAGUCGUCCGCUUCGACAUGUCUGAAUUCCAAGAAAAACACACAAUUUCGCGCCUCAUCGGUGCUCCCUCCGGUUACGUGGGCUACGAUGACGCCGGCCAACUCACCGAAGCUGUCCGUCGCAAGCCCUACGCCGUCUUACUUUUUGACGAGUUUGAGAAAGCUCACCGUGACAUAUCCGCCCUUCUCCUCCAGGUCCUCGACGAGGGGUACCUCACCGACGCGCAGGGCCACAAGGUCGAUUUCAAAAACACAAUCAUCGUACUGACCUCCAACCUCGGCGCCGACAUCCUCGUCGGCCAGAACCAACUCCACCCCUAUAAAGAAAGCCCAGACGGAGAAAUCGACCCGUCUGUCCGCAAAGCCGUCAUGGACGUUGUUGCUCAAGCCUACCCCCCCGAAUUCCUCAACCGCAUCGACUCCUUCAUCAUCUUCAAGCGACUCGCGCAAUCUGCCAUCAGGGACAUUGUCGACAUCCGUCUCAAUGAGCUUCAGCAACGUCUGGACGAUAAGCGCAUCAAGCUUACUGUUCCAGAUGCCGUAAAGGACUGGCUCGCUGAGCGUGGGUACGAUCCUAAAUUUGGUGCCCGGCCGCUAAACAGACUUAUUACCAAUGAAAUUGGGAACGGACUGGCAGAUAAGAUUAUCCGUGGGCAGUUGAAGAUGGGGCAGGCUGCUGAGGUCAAGAUUAAAGAGGACAACAGUGGACUGGAAGUAAUUCAUGCUUCUGAGCCUACUAGUUGA